CGGCGGCGCCAUUUUGCGAACGGCGAGCAGCGGCGGCGGCGCGGAGAGGCGCAGCGGAGGUUUUCCUGGUUUCGGACCCCCAGCGGCCGGAUGGUGAAAUCCUCCCUGCAGCGGAUCCUCAACAGCCACUGCUUCGCCAGAGAGAAGGAAGGGGAUAAACCUAGCGCCACCGUCCACACCAGCCGCACCAUGCCGCUCCUCAGCCUGCACAGCCGCGGCGGCCGCAGCAGCGAAAGUUCUAGGGUCUCCCUCAAUUGCUGUAGUAACCUGGGUCCGGGGCCUCAGUGGUGCUCCGAUGUCCCUCACCCACCCCUGAAGAUCCCAGGUGGGCGAGGGAAUAGUCAGAGGGAUCACAAUCUUUCAGCUAACUUAUUUUACUCUGAUAAUCGGCUGAAUGUAACAGAGGAACUAACGUCUAAUAACAAGACGAGAAUUCUCAGCGUCCAGACCAGGCUCACGGAGGCCAAACACAUCACCUGGAGAGCAGUGUGGAGUGGUAGCAGCCUCUACAUCGAGCUCCCAGGCGGCCCUCUGCCCGAAGGGAGCAAGGACAGUUUUGCAGUUCUGCUGGAGUUUGCUGAGGAGCAACUCCGCGCUGACCAUGUCUUCAUUUGCUUCCAUAAAAACCGCGAGGACAGAGCCGCCUUGCUCCGAACUUUCAGCUUUUUGGGCUUUGAGAUUGUGAGACCAGGGCAUCCCCUUGUCCCCAAGAGACCCGACGCUUGCUUCAUGGCCUACACGUUGGAAAGAGAGUCUUCAGGCGAGGAAGAGUAGUGAGCCUGCCACACCCUCCGCAGCUCACUGUCCUGCCGUGGGUGGGAUGGGAAUUCAGACUCUUCUCUCUCCUGGUUUGUCCGCAUGUCAUAAUUGUGCAAAUAAACGCUCACUCCAAAUUAGCGGUAUAUUUCUUGAAGUUUAAUAUUGUGUUUGUGAUACUGAAGUAUUUGCUUUAAUUCUAAAUAAAAGUUUAUAUUUUACUUUUUUAUUGCUGGUAUAAGAUGAUUCAGAUUCUCCUUGUACUUUGAGGAGGUGUUUCUUAUUUGAAGUCUUGGCAAGUCGUAGGUCUCCUAAUUUGGUAAGAUAGGUAAUACUCUACCCUUCUAUUGCUCUCAAUCUGAAUAAAAGUGAUCUCCUCUA